AUCGCUAGUAUGGUGGUGGCCUUCUUCGUGUCCACGUACUACAACGUCAUUAACGCCUGGGGGUUCUGGUACAUUUUCCAUUCUUUCCAGGACCCCCUGCCGUGGUCCGUGUGCCCACUGAAUGCAAACCGCACAGGCUACGAGGAGGAGUGUGAGAAGGCCUCAUCCACGCAGUAUUUCUGGUACAGGAAAACCCUCAACAUCUCGCCGUCCAUCCAGGAGAACGGGGCCAUGCAGUGGGAGCCCGCGCUGUGCCUCAUCCUGGCCUGGCUGAUGGUGUAUCUGUGCAUCCUGCGGGGGACCGAGACCACUGGCAAGGUGGUCUACUUCACGGCCUUGCUGCCCUACUGCGUGCUCAUCAUCUACCUGAUCAGAGGCCUCACGCUGCACGGAGCCACCAAUGGGCUGCUGUACAUGUUCACUCCCAAGCUCGAUAUGCUGGUCAACCCGAAGACAUGGAUCAAUGCAGCCACACAGAUCUUCUACUCUCUGGGCCUGGGGUUUGGUAGCCUCAUCGCCUUCGCCAGCUACAACGACCCCACCAACAACUGCCAGAAACACGCCAUCAUCGUGUCCCUCAUCAACAGCUCCACCUCCAUCUUCGCCAGCAUUGUGACCUUCGCCAUCUACGGCUUCAAAGCCACCUUCAACUACGAGGACUGCUUGAACAAGGUGAUUCUACUGCUGACCAAUUCUUUUGAACUCGAAGAUGGCUCUGUAACAGCCAGCAACCUAGAACAAGUCAAGGACUACCUAGCCUCCACUUACCCAAGCCAAUACAGCCAAGUGUUCUCCCAGAUUAAGAACUGCAGCUUGGAAUCAGAGCUGGACACGGCUGUCCAGGGCACGGGCCUGGCCUUCAUCGUCUAUACGGAGGCCAUUAAAAACAUGGAGGUGUCCCAGCUGUGGUCGGUGCUGUACUUCUUCAUGCUGUUGAUGCUGGGCGUGGGGAGCAUGCUGGGAAACACCACCGCCAUCCUCACCCCUCUGACAGACAGUAAGCUCAUUUCCAGAUACCUGCCCAAGGAGGUCAUCUCAGGUCUGCUGUGCCUCAGCAGCUGCGCCAUUGGCCUGGUGUUCACCAUGGAGGCGGGGAGCUACUGGUUUGACAUCUUCAAUGACUACUCGGCCACGCUGUCCGUGCUGCUCGUGGUCCUGGUGGAGAUCAUCGCCGUGUGCUACGUGUACGGGCUGAGGAGAUUCGAAAGGGACCUUCAGGCCACAACGGGUCGCACGCUCAACUGGUACUGGAAGAUCAUGUGGGCCUGUGUGAGCCCGCUGAUCAUCGUCAGCCUCUUCCUCUUCUACCUGAGUGACUACAUCCUCACAGGGACUCUCCAGUACCAAGCCUGGGAUGCCACACAGGGACGGCUGGUGACGAAGGAUUACCCUCCCCACGCAUUGGCCAUCAUCGGGCUGCUGGUGGCCUCUUCCACCAUGUGUAUCCCACUGGUGGCCUUGGGGACGUUCAUCAAGCGCCGACUCAAGAGCAGAGGCCCAGUCCCCAUGGCCUGAGAUCCAAACCACCCCCCCCCUCAUCUCCUUGCCCUCCCUGGAGAUCAGAGUCGGCAGCCACUUGCCUUGGUUAUUUGUUAUUGUUGGGGGUGGUCAUGGGGCUUGAACUCUGGGCCUGGGUGCCAUCCCUGAGCUCUUCAGCUCGAGGCGAGCAGUUUACCAC